GAUCAGCUGGUUGUUUAGUUUACUGCUUCACUUAGCGUAAGUGUUAGAGCCUCGCUAGCCAAUGUGAAAGUGUUUUUUUUUUUUCCCUUGGCCCUUUUAGUUGUGAACGGACUCACCUCAAAUUUAUCUGAUAACGGAACAGCUAAUGUUAGCUGAGAGGGGGACGAGGGGGACGUGUUUAUUCCGCUAGCUAGAGAGGGUGACAGCUCGGAGCGUCCUGCUAGCCGAGGAGCUAAAGUAGCUAGCAAAACAUUCUGGGAAGAAGAAGAAGAAGAAGAAGGUGAAGAGACCCGUGUCAUCAUCAACCAUGGCAGGUGGAAUAACAGAGUCCGGAGAACCCUACUCCCCGUUUGUGGGGCUGGUGUACAUGUUCAACCUGAUCGUGGGCACAGGUGCUCUGACCAUGCCCAAAGCCUUUGCUUCAGCCGGCUGGGUGGUCAGUAUAGCGCUCAUCACCUUCUUAGGAUGCAUGAGCUACAUGACCACCACGUUUGUGAUCGAGGCGAUGGCGGCGGCGAACGCUCAGCUGCGCUGGAAGAGGAGAGAACAGGAGGAGGUCGAUGACAGCGACUCCACGUCGGAGUACUCGGAUGAUGAUGUCAUGGGCCGAGGUCGAUCGGAGCCGGAGACCAAGCCUAUCUUGUCUAUCCGUAAGUACCAGCGAUCCGGAGGUCACGUUGAUCAUUUCGACAUCGUGGAGCGGGUGGAGAUGGGUCAGAUGGCCUCCAUGUUCUUCAAUAAAGUUGGAUUGAAUAUGUUUUACAUCUGCAUCAUAGUCUACCUGUAUGGAGACCUGGCCAUCUAUGCAGCAGCCGUGCCCAUCUCUCUAAUGGAAGUGGCUUGUGGAAACCACUCCUGCAGCGCUGGAAGUGUGAAGUACAACGACACAGACCCGUGCUGGGGUUCAGUCACAAGGAAGGAUGCGUACCGGGUGUUUCUAAGCAUUUUCACCGUCAUGUUGGGGCCUUUCACCUUCUUCACCGCCCAGAAAACAAAGUAUCUUCAGAUUCUCACCUCACUCAUGCGUUGGAUUGCGUUCACCAUGAUGAUCGUCUUGGCUCUCAUCCGUAUUGGUAAAGGCACCGGUGAGGGUCACCCACCGGCUGCCAGCCUCGCCGGGGUGCCCAACCUGUUUGGGGUGUGUGUCUACUCCUUCAUGUGUCAGCACUCCCUGCCCUCCCUGGUGACGCCGAUAUCCAACAAGAAACAUGUUGGCAAACUGGUGUUGUUAGACUACGUCCUGAUCCUGGGCUUCUACGUGCUCCUAUCCUUCACUGCCAUCUUCUGCUUCAAGAGCUCGCUGCUACACGACAUGUACACCCUUAAUUUCACAGACAACUGCCACGUGUUGAAUAUUCCGUUCUUGCGUUACUUCCUGGGCCUUUUCCCAGUCUUCACCAUCAGCACCAACUUUCCAAUCAUCGCCGUCACACUCCGCAACAACUGGAAGACCCUGUUCUAUCGUGAUGGUGGCACCUACCCCUGGGUGGUGGACCGUGUUGUGUUCCCCCUAAUUACCCUGGUGCCCCCGAUUGUGGUGGCCUUCUGCACCCACAACCUGGAGUCCCUGGUGGGCAUUACAGGAGCGUAUGCUGGCACUGGGAUCCAGUACAUUAUCCCAGCAAGCCUCGUGUUUUACGCUCGACGCCACCUGGAGCCCGUCGUGGGAAGAGAUGCGGUUAACAAACACCGGUCUCCGUUCCGCCACAGUUUUUGGGUGUGGUUUGUUUGGUUGUGGGCCGCUUUCUGCCUCAUGUUUGUCACAGCCAACAUCAUCCUGACAGACACCAAGAAAUGAGAACUUACUGAUCCUCAAACUUUCUAAGAAAAUCUGUAUCUGUUUGGCCAGUUUCCUUGUUCCUGUACACGAGGCCUUACUUGCUGCUGGUUGGACAGUGCCUUCUUAUGGGACUUAUGUUGCAUAUAUCAAAUGUAAUUAAGAGUAAUUUAUCAAAUUUUGUUAAAAGGGAUGAUUUUGUCAGCAAACGAUCAACAGUCUAAGGUUUGGCGGAUUUGCACUUACACAACUAUUUAGAAAUAUAUCUCAAACGUUCAGUUUGCUUCAAACGAGGAAGUCUUUAAAAAGUGUUGACCUAGCUUUUUAGUCAAAUUGUUUCAGAAAGUUUGAACACAUAUCCAACCCUGACUUGACAAAGUUCACCGCCGGGUGUCGGAUGCUGUUGAACAAUCCAACAAACUGUCCGGUUGAAGCAGACUGACUUGUUAAGGGUUCUGCUGGUUAUCUACCCUGUAGUUCUCAGUUUAAGUAUUUUUCAUCAAAAUCCCAAACUCUGGAAAUGGUAGGGUGCAUGAUCUGUAUGUAAGCAUUGGACGAAGCCAUCAUGAUGUCAUCCACUGGUUUUCCAGAAAUGCUUUGAAGCCAUAAGAUGGACUUUUUAACGCCACCAUUUUGGCUCCACAUAAUGGUAGAGCUGCAGGGGAGCAAUUGGUUACCAUAUGCUACAUUGUUAGCCUAAGCUAGCUUUACCUUGGUUAGAAACAUUUUCCAAAGUGUAUAUAGUACGUCCACUUUUUAUAUACAGUCCGAGGUUUGUAGCUACUGGCACUUUACGAGUUCUGUGAGUUGUCCGAUGUGUAAUUCUAUAUUUCAGUGUUUCUUCUUUAAAUCUAAAGCUCUAGAAAAGGGCAGGGUGUUAAAACUCUGAGAUAUUCAUUGGACCUUCAGGGCAAAAUGUUGCAGUGAAAAGAAAUACAACCAACUGGGAGAGCCGCGUAGAAAGGAGAAUUAGAGCCUGUCACGUUCAGGCUUGAGCUCUGUUGCGGAAAUUGCUUUGCGUCUGCACCGCUGAAUAAUGCAAUUGGACGAAACCAACGGACGAAAGAAAAAGGAAAGAAUCAGGGAUGAUCCGUCUCUCCUGGCUGAUGUGUAUCCAUUCGUCUGCAGUGUCUGCCUCCCAUCCCCUCGUCCCCUCGUCCCCUCGUGAACGAUGAAGCUCUGAAGUGACAGAUCCUCUGACAGAUAGGCCUCCAGGAAGAGCUCCAUCUCUGUUCAUCACCCCAACAUAUCACAUCUUUAGUUCACUCUCAGGGCAUGUCUCCGUCUUUUACUGCUCAGCACACGUUCAUGACUCUGUCAGCCUCUAUACUGUAUCUAUCACGCAGUGCGACACCUGACCUGACAGGAUAAUAGUGAUCUACAGGGCUUCUGCUCUGGAUCUGCACCGGCAUCAGUGUAUGGAAGUUGAAUGGUAGUGAACGUAAUGUGACCACAGAGUUUCAUAAACAUACACAUCUGUACUGUAGCUUAGUAAUGUUGAUUUCACUGACAGGUGGCAGCUUUCUUUCAGAGUUGUGCCUCUGGUUAACGGACUUCACACCUUCAUCUUUUACCUUUCUUAUUCUGUAUUUGUGUUUUCCAAAAUGCAUUACCAACAAAGAAAUACUCCUUAAAUCUUCGGCCCACCCUUAGCACAAAGACACAUGAAUGGUUAACGGUGGUUUGUUUGUGUCACUGACAGCAGGCUGGAGUCGUUAGGACUAUUUUACAGAAGAAAGUAAAAGCUCUGGAAUCUGUUAAAUAUGCUGUUUAUGGGCUAUUCAGACCAGCAAUGGCAUUGUCUGUGGAAAGAAAUGUUGCUGCUGGAAAGCUCCACACCAAAUUCUUAGGAAAUAUCCGAUGUGUAAGGUUGGAGGCAGAAAUCUCCCAAAGCUGGACAAAUCCAACCAAAUGUAGUUGGGGUAAAAAGUAUAAGGCUCUGAUGAUCUCGCAAAAAUAAUUUGUGGCGUUGAGAAGUUUAGGAGACCUGAUGUGGAUGAGUCAAUGACUCUAUGUAUGGUCAAUUUAAAAUUAAAAUAAAAUACUAUGUACUUUAGCUUUAUCAUUCAGCAAACAGUUUAACCAAAUUCAGUGUCUAAUUUGAGCUUCCCGUUCUUUCUCUCUCUAAAGAAUUGUAGAAAAAAUAUAUAUUAUUUUCCAUAAAACCUGAAAUUCUCACCAUGAAGUGGAAUAACUACAGUAUAGAUUCAAAUGCAUAUAUUGUAAAAAAAAAUGUGUACAAAGUAGAGGAAAUUAGCAAUCCAUAUCCACUUUGUCUAUUGUGUAAGUUGGGACAUCGACAUGGGAGUUAAACCGACUUUAAAAAAAACUGUUUAAAGUGUAUAUGAAUAACGAUUUAAAAAUCUUUAUUUUUAUGUAAUGUGUGCAAUAAUAACACAAUCAACUGUGUCGAUAUAGAGAAUAACCGACUUGUUGGGAGAAUUAUCAUUCAGCAAAGCAUUAAAUCCUUCCCCUUUUUCUAUCAUGCUGUUACCACGAGCGGUUAAAUGGACGCCACUGGUUUUCCCAUAUUUGUAUUUAAAUGCUUCUACAGUUUGGGUCAAUUAGCAUGCAUGGCCAUCAUCAGGGUGAGGAGCAGUUCAGUGGGUUGCGGGGCCGUUUCGAGAGGCUGUGCAGCGUUUUUCAUCAACUGCUGGAAUGAAUGCAGUUUAGAUGGAAAGGUAAUGUGCUGUGACUCCGGUGUUUUAAAGGCCACAGCGACUGUAUGCAUCGUAGCAUCAUUGUAGUCAUUGCUGGCGUGCUGUCAAGGGUGUAGAACCUGUUGAAAGCUUUGUGAUGUUGUCUGCUUUGUUCUGCCUGUCCUCAUCAGACUGUAACGAGACCAGAGAUGGACUUAGCUCAUCCUUCUGGGUCGAAUUCAUCAGUUAAUUCAGUUUUUACAGAAAACUGCAGGUCAUCGGGUCAUAUCAUAACAUCUUUCGGCCUAUAGUUGUUGGCUUUUGUCUAACUGGGAUGGUACUGGAACAUGGACUGUGAAUAGUAGUUGAAUGUGGCCCAUAGUGAUGUCACCUAUCUAUUUGUUGAUUACCAAUUUAAAGCCUCCAUCUUGGCAUUGUGGCCCUCCCAAUCUCGGUUCCAGAUUGGACAUGACCGGAGCUAGCUAAACGAGAUUAGCAAAGUUACAACAUCCAUGUCCAAGACUACCUAUUUAGCAGUUUAUGCCUGUUUAUUCAAAAGAAGAGAUCCAAUUGGUGGUUGUGGCUAACAGGCAGUUUGAUAUAAUUCGACGACCUUAUAGGGCGAGUUGGACGCAGCAAAUGAAUGAUUACAUAAAAGAACCUAGUUUCAUAAUUUCUCCUCAUCUUUUUUUCUUUAUGGAGAAAGUGGACAGCAAUCCUGUCUUUGAUGCACAGUUGACGUCAUUUAAUCACUUUAUUAGAAGCGUUGACACAAGAUUACCAACAGGUAUUAUGAGCGGAGACACAGAUACCUGCUGAUUAGUGCUAACAUGAUAAAUAAAUACUAGGUAUUCACUUAUCUCAUAGGCUCAAAACGCCGCUCAGAAACGGUGUGAUAUUUGCAUUCAAAGAUCUUCAAAAGUAGCAUUUUAACAUGGGACUCUAUGGGGAUUAACUCGCUUUUGAGCCAGCCUCUUGUGGCCGUAUAAGGAACUGCAGCUUUCUCUUUUCUUUUUUUUUUUGCACUUCUGCGUUGGCUUUAUUUCUCAGCUCUGGAAUUUGACGCGUGAUGUCAAUGUGAAAUCUGCAGCAGUUUGUUUUUUUUGCAUAUAGAAACAUAAACAUUCAUUAAUAUUAUGUGUAAUGAAGAUGUUUACAUUCCCACUUCUGUGCCGUCUGGUUUUAAUUCUCACAUUUUCUGAUGUUUCCACCUGACGGGGAACAUUGUAACGAAAAGUACAAACACUUCAACCCUGAUAGAUAUCUCUGAUGUUACAUGGGAAUAAAAGUGUGAUUGUGUGUGUGUGUGUGAGUGGAUGAUAAGAUGUUAAAUGUGCUGAAUGUGAUUCUGAUGACUCUUGUUUGGAGUUUUGAAAUGUGCCUUUAUUAUUGUGCGGGAGGUUUUCCUGCGCUGACCUCGUCGACUCUUAUCAACUGUUUUUAUUUUGCCAGACUUCAUCUGCAUGUAAGCCAAUUUAUUGAACUGACAAUCUGUGUGUGUGUGUGUGUGUGUGUGUGUGUGCAUCCCAUAUACCUUAUCAUAUUUCAUUCUGUCUUUUAUCUUCUGUUGUCCUUACGUUCACUGUUUUUCUGUCAUUUCACAUAUUUUUUUUUACAUUCAUUCUGCCAGCCUGUGAUUCUCAAUCGUUUUCUGGAUGUUAACUGCUUUAAUUGAUGUUCUGUUUGGUUUUUAAUGAACAACAAAGAAAAAAAUAAAACCUUUAUGUUCAUCUGAA